CAACCACAGAAGAAGACCGCACUGCUCAAGAAUAAGAUGGUUAUGAAACCAGCUAACGCUAGCUCUGGAUGCUGCACUUAAACGUCGCUGCUUAUUCAUGUGUUGUGUAGCGUGUUAGUGAGACUCGUUGUCCUCGGCGCUGUUGCUGUUAUUUUAAAAAAAGGAGAAAUUUUAUCCGCCCCAGCGUGAAGAAAUGAGCUCUGUCAGAGAGGAAGGUAAAGACAGAAUUAUCUUCGUCACCAAAGAGGAUCAUGCAUCACCCAGCAGCGCAGAGCUCGUCGAGGAAGAUCCUAAUGAUCCCUAUGAGGAACGCGGUCUGAUUCUCCCCAGUGGAGAGAUAAACUGGAACUGCCCAUGUCUGGGUGGGAUGGCCAGUGGUCCCUGUGGGACUGAAUUUAAGGACGCCUUCUCCUGCUUCCAUUACAGUAAGGAGGAAGUAAAGGGUUCCGACUGCCUGGAGAAUUUCAGGGCCAUGCAGGAGUGUAUGCAGCGUUACCCGGAGCUCUAUCCGCAAGAAGAUGAGAAGGAACAACAACAACAACAAUCCUCAGAAACCAAGCCGACCUCACAAGACUCUGCAGAAACAUCAGGUGCAAACUCCUCUGCAACCAAGGAAGACUCUGAUACAACAAAACCCAACACAGACGACUCAGUGGAAAGUUAAUGAUGAGCCUUGAUGGCAACGGGAGCAAAAUGCUUUUAACGGCACUAAAUUCCAAAUUCAAAGCGUAAAGAUGAAUCUGAUUGCCUCCACACAGCGGUGGCUGAGCCCGGCAGCAAGCAGCUAAAGGUGCUAACAACAUUAGCGGUGCCGAAAAGGCAACAGUUCCGAUGGCGGCCGGUCGGCACGUUGUCAGCUGUGUCCGCCAUGUAAGCGCAGAGCGGCGCCGAUUAGCUAGUGACUUAUUGUCUACUCAAGUAGACCCUACUUCACUAUAUCUUUACAUUGCAAAUAAUCAACUUGCUGUUAAAUUAAUAUUCUAAAUUUGGAAUUUAGCACCCUUUUAAAGUCCAAUUGAGAUCCGUUAGUCAUCGCUUUAUUCAGUCUUCAGAUUAUAUCAAUGUCUUUUUCAACUUUUUUCUGUCUAUUCAUUUUUUCUCAUCAAAAGAAAGAAAAUGUUUCUGAAGAAAUAUUUGAAAUUUUCAUUUUGCUCCAACGCCAAAUUCGGCCACAGCGAGGAGCUGAUGGGACGAGGCCCAUCUUCAAACUGGACUCUGAUUUCGAUACCAAAGUCCAGACUCACAGACGUUCAGGCUCCUUCCUGCAAAGUGUGCAGAACUGUCCCACUGUCAAAUCUAGUCUUUAAUCGCUCACUUGCAAAUAUGUUUGUUCCUGUAUUCACACCGUACUCCAUAACUCUCCAUGGCUGCAAGGGGAACAAAAAAGGUAAACAAAGAGGACGGCGCCUGGCUGUUCAGUCGUAUCUAAGGAACAACCCUGAAGGACGUUCCAAUCAGGCCGUAAAAAAAUGUCACAUAAAUGCCCACGAUAGUUGAUAACAUGUCCUGGCAGCUUCAGGCUAAUGUGAUAUGUUGCCGCAUUCCCAUUUGUAAAUAAACCCUUUCAAGCCCUUGCACUCUGUAACGUGCAUGCAGGUGAUGUUACUUCAGUCCCUGAGGGUUUAUGGCUUAAGGCCUGAGGUGAACAUUGGGAUCAGGCUGUCAUUCAUCUGUAAAGUAAAGGUUUUUUCUAUUUGAUUUAUAAAGUGUGUCCAAAGACGGACCCAAUACAUAAAUAUGUCUCCCUUGCUGACGUGGGAUUUUGGUAGAUAUGUGUGCGCUCCUGUAGGAGGAAAAACAUGGCGUUCAAUUCAUUUCAUUUGGACGUUAAUCUCUAUUUAUUGAAGAGGGGCUUAUACUUUCAAAUUAAGUGAAACAUUCAAGUGAGCUAAACAAAAGAAUCAAUUCCAUCAAAACCUGGUAGACUAUGCUCAUUAUACACUGUACACCUCAGUGUAAUUCUGUUUGUGUCAAGUCAAGAUGGUUUUGUGUGUCUGUUGUGAUUAAUCCUGACUCUAAAUUUAUAAGAUCACAGUAAAACAUCUUUUGUGCUCAUUUCCAUCCUCUCGGAUAUUCUAUUUCACAUUUAUUGUGUUUAUAAAAAUUGAUAUAUGACUUUGACUCAAUUUCUAUUGGUAAAAUAACAUUUCAUUAAAACAAAUAAUUGCUAAAUUCACAGAGCAUGAAGAAUAUACUGAAGGCUACGAACCAUUUCUACUGCGUAGUCUUUAAGUAGUGUUUCCACAUUUGGCAUGUGUCCAAUAUGACUGCAUUUCUCCUGCUAAUCUACAACCAGACUUAAAACCUUUACCUGGACCUUUUGUGUCCAACGCGGGACGGCAGGACGUCACUUAUCCUUCUAAAAACCAGCCUGUCUUGUUCAGCCAUUUGCUCUACAAUCACAUAGUAUAUCUCUGCAACCACAAAGUCUAUUAAAUAUAUAAUAAUAAUGUUGGUGAUACAACACAGAUGUGUAAUUAUCACUGUAUGAGUUUCUGGUUAAGAGUGAAUGAAGAUGGCAGCAGAAACCAAAAGUUUCAGGUUUGCCAAAAAAGAAAUAGCGCUUUCAGGCUGAUUGUCCCGUUCCUUCUGCAGUUUGACUUUGAUGAAGUGUAUGCAUGUAUUUCACUUUUAUGCCACUAAUGGUGUUCAAUACAUCCAAAUACAGUAUAGUUUGAGUUAAAAAUCAAGUCAAAUAAAAUUGACCUUUCCCAUUAAAAAAAAAUAACCACUCAAAUGAACUGAGUGUUAUAUUACAUUUCAUGUCAUUUAGCGGACGCUUUUAUUCAAAGCGACUUACAAUAAGUUCAUUCAACCGUACGGAUACAAACUCAGAAGCGCAAGAAACAAGAAAGUGCAAUUUCCUCAAAUAAACCAAUUUACAAUUUGCUAUACAUAAGUGGCGUUACUAGUAUAAUUUAAGUGCUACAAUUUGUUAGUCUUUAGUCGAGGUAGAGUCUGGAGAGGUGUGUCUUUAGUUUGCGGCGGAAGAUGUGAAGGCUCUCUGCGGUCCUGGUGUCUUCAGAGAGCUCGUUCCACCAUUCUGUUGAAUCCAAAUGGAGCCAAUUUACCAUUUAAUUGUGUAAGAACACACAUAAAACCCAAACUAUUUACACCAUCUUUUGCAAUACUUCAUGACCUUUGUCUCCUCCCCGUGGUAGAAAAUGGGUGGUGGAGGUGGCUGCUGAGCUUUUACAAAACUCCAGCAUCUCUUUGGCCAACUGCUCCGUGAAGACCUUGUGGGUGAAGGACUUCCACCGGGUGGGAUCUUGCCCAUCUGGAGCAGAUAGCUCUUCACCACAGCGAUGUCCACAAAGUGGACAUAUCAGUUCAUGGUUUUGUGGCUGACGGUGUAAUUUCCGAUUAGACAAGUCCACACCACCAUGCUGUUGUCCACGUUGCUGUCUGGACUCGUUUUGCGACACCCCGGCCUCAGGCGCCAACCUUUUUCUCCCCCCAAAGUGGGAUGUGACAGAAAACGUUUGAGAACCACGGCUUUACAGCAUGAAGUGUUGUGGAGUCACAGCUAGAAAUGGAGGUGGAGCUAUGUGAAUUUUGACAUCUGGGAAUUCCUUUAGUUUUUGUUUGAGUUGUUGGACGAUGUAAGAAUGGAUUAUAUGCGUGUAGACCAGGUUCUGCUGGGAUUUGCAACAACAAAUAAAACUUUGUGAUUAGUG